CAUACAACAGCAGUAGCAGUAAUCAUGGCAUCUUCAGUAGUACUGCUAUGUGUGAGCUGGUUUGCCCUCGCAGCCGCUGGCACAGCCCCACCAUACAACUUGGCAGACGCUGAGCAUCACUUCGAGAACUUCAUACAGAAACACGGCAAGACCUAUGCAAGCGAACACGAGAAACAAGCCAGUUUCCAAGUGUUCAAACAAAACUUGCAUAAAAUUAAUAAAAUGAAUGCAGAAAGCGAUCACGCCGUCUUCGGUAUAACACAGUUCGCGGAUCUGACCGAUGAAGAAUUUCAUAUUAGGCACGGUUGUCUGGCAUCGUCAGAGCAAUAUGACGAUGAACCAUGCAAGAUAAUCACUGAUGAAGAUAUAGACUAUAACGAUGCGCCGGAGUCGUUCGACUGGCGCGACCAAAACGUUGUCACACCAGCGAAGAACCAACGCGGUUGUGGAAGUUGUUAUGCCUUUAGUACUACUGGUAACAUCGAGGGUCAGUACGCAAUCAAAUACAAACAAUUGUUAAGCUUAUCUGAACAGCAAAUUGUGGACUGCGAUGAUAAAAAUAGUGGAUGUGGGGGUGGAGCAAUGGCUGUUGCUUUUCGGUCCCUGAUCGACGUAGGUGGUUCUGAACUCGAGGGGGAUUACCCAUACGUAGGAUACGAAGCAGACUGCGAAUUCGACGUAAGCAAAGUGAAGGUCAAGUUAUCAGAUUGCCGCAGUUACCAACUUAAGUCUCAAGAGAAGGUGAAACAGUUGUUGUACCACACCGGACCUAUUUCCAUUGCUAUCCAAGGAGGUGGCGUUCAACAUUAUGAUGGGGGAAUAAUUUCUGAUAAAAGAUGCAACCGUGGGCCGAUUGACCAUGGAGUCCUGCUCGUGGGAUAUGGAUCAGAAAAUGGAUCGGAUUACUGGAUUGUCAAAAAUUCUUGGGGUGAAGGAUAUGGAGAAGGAGGCUACUUCAGGAUGCAACGAGGCGAAGGUCAUCUUUCCUGUAGCAUGAUGAAGAAUGAGUUCAUGGCGUCGUCAAUCGUCGCCGUAUAUCAAAGUAUUUUUGCAAAGUAUACAACAAUAGUAGCAGUGGUCAUGACAUCUACGGUAGUACUGCUAUGUGUGAGCUGGUUUGCCCUCGCAGCCGCUGGCACAGCUCCACCAUACAACUUGGCAGACGCUGAGCAUCACUUCGAUACCUUCAUAGAGACACACGGCAAGGUUUAUCCAAACGAGGAAGAAAAACAAUACAGAUUCCAAGUGUUCAAAGACAAUUUGCAUAAGUAUAACAAAAUGAAUGCGGAAAGCAACCAUGCAGUUUUUGGUAUUACACAGUUCUCAGAUUUGACAUCGGAGGAUUUUCAUGCCAGGCAUACCUGCUUCAAUCCUGAGCUCCGAAGUGGUCAUAAUUGUGACGUAAUUACUGAUAAUGAUAUAGACUAUAACGAUGCGCCGGAGUCGUUCGACUGGCGCGACCAAAACGCUGUCACACCAGUGAAGGACCAAGGCGGUUGUGGAAGUUGUUAUGCCUUCAGUUCUAUUGCUAACGUCGAAAGUAUGCAUGCAAUCAAACGCAAAGAACUGAUAGACUUGUCUGUACAACAAGUUGUGGAUUGCAGUAAGGAAAAUCAUGGCUGUUUAGGUGGAAAAAUGAGUAAAGUUUUCGGGUAUCUAAUGGACGUUGGAGGCAGCGAACCAUUUGAAGACUAUCCGUACAUAGGACAACAAGGAGAUUGCCAAUUCGAACAAGAAAAAGUGAAGAUCAAAUUAUCAAACUGUCACGUCUACAAUCUGUCAUCUCAAGAGAAGGUGAAACAAUUGCUGUACCACAACGGACCCAUUGUGAUCGGCAUCAAUGGAGAGGGCGUUCAACAUUACCACGGUGGUAUAAUUUCUGAUGAGCAUUGUAACGUGGGUCAACUGAGUCACGGAGUGCUGCUCGUGGGAUAUGGAUCAGAGAAUGGAUCCGAUUAUUGGAUUGUUAAAAAUUCUUGGGGAGACGGUUACGGAGAAAAAGGCUACUUCAGAAUGGAACGACGUGAAGGCGGAUUUGCCUGUGGUAUGAUGAAUCCGGAUAUGACCAGUUCAGUUGUCGCUGAUUAAUUAAAAUCCUUCUAUAUUCCAUUUAAUAUUCUUUACUGAAACUUUAUUAGUACCCUAUUGUAUGUAAACUAAAGAAUUUCUCAAUUGGUAAAUCUUUCAUUAUUCUUUUUUGGAGUGUCAAUAAAAAUUACUUAUGUAUUAA